CGGACAUCCUGUGUUUCUCUUCGGUCUGGUGGCAAAUACACACACUGUAUGGUAGUUUGACAUGGUUUUAGUGCAAAUAACAUUGAAAAAUGCAGACAAUAAAGCUGAAGUUUGUAAAGCACCAGCCUGAAGUCCAAACAAAGAGCAGUGAACCAGCUAAAGAAAAAGAAAUCAAUCCUAUAAAAAAACAACUGCUGAGUCUGUGGAAAUCGUUGAAAUAUCGGGUUGUGCCAAAUAAUGUCCAGGAUCAAGUGGAUAAUAAACUGGGGUCAAAAGAUCAUGGCCAAUCUUGGAACCACCAGGACCAGGUGUUUAAUAAACUAGAAUCCAGGAACCACCAGGGCCAGGUGUUUAAUAAACUGGAAUCCAGGAACCACCAGGGCCAGGUGUUUAAUAAACUGGAAUCAAGGAACCACCAGGGCCAGGCAUUUCACAGCUGUGAGACUACAUGUUGUAGUGACAAGGGACAGGUGUUUAAUAAACAUAAGAUGUCAUGUUGUACUUGGAGUGACAAGGACCAGGUAGUUAGUAAACAUGAGACUGCAUGUUGUAAUGACAAGGGUCAGCCAGGGACUCGUUUCAAAAGACAUCACAGUCCAGUGGUCCAUAAAGUAGUUCUGCUGACACAGCCAGGUGGGGUGAAACUGAAGCAGGAAUUCAAUCCAGCACCAACAAAGCCUAAGCAGCCACCAAUAAUCCAAACCUUAGUGAAGCCAUUGCUGCACACCACAAAGACUAAGCAAACACUGACCACUGCACAAAUUGAGAAGGUACCAAUACAGCUCAGAAAUCAAAAUAAUGAACAAAUCACCAAGAAACAGCUCCAGAAACCAGAACCACCAGAGAGACAAGAGUACAAGUCUGAACAAAAAGAGCCAGCAGUUUCUGACACAGAGCCUUAUGGCCAGUCCAGGUCUCCAGGCAUUGACCAGUCCAGGUCUCCAAGUAUUGGCCAGUCCAGGUCUCCAGGCAUUGGCCAGUCCAGGUCUCCAGGCAUUGGCCAGUCAGUCGCUGGUGGGGAUGGUAUGGAAGACUUAAAACCUGUGCUGUCCUUGAGAAUACAGACUGUGGUCUCAGAAUCAGGGUCAUACAUCAGGGGGACUUGGAGUCGAGGGACACCUAACAAGAAACAUCAGGUGGUGAUAUGUCAGCAGAAGUUCAGUCCUGGCCAGUUUACUCCUCUCAAACUGCCAGACAACUGGGAAGAGGAAACACAGAAAGAUGCUCAGAAAUCAGAGGACCCAGAAGAAGAAAGUUUGCUUUGUCAUGAAACUAUUGAUACCAUACAUGUUGAAGAUAAAGAUCAUGAAACUAUGGAUGCCAUACAUCUUGAAGUUAAAGAUCAUGGUUUCCCUGACCCAAUUUCUGAGGAGAUAUCAGGGGACAACAACAAGCACCUUUGUUCAAGUCAGAUCCAAAGUGAUGAUACACCACCAACCAAGAGAAAGACCAAGGAGGCAGUUUUGAGUGAUGACACAAAGUGUAGAAGGAACAGAAGUGAUGAAACACCACCAUCAACCAAGAGAAAGACCAAGGAGUCAGUUUUGAGUGACAACACAAAGUGUAGAAGGAAGUCAAAAGGGAUGCAUCCAAGGCGUAAGAAGAACAGUUCCAAGACAGUGGCUAAGGAUGCCACUGAACAGAACUCGGCUAGUUCACAGAUAACAUGCACCAAAGUGGUUGAGUAA